AAGUAGCAAACCACAUUGUUACUACUAUAUAUACACCAUGGAAACAAUGGGGAAAUUGUCUUUUAUCAUUACAACCUUAACAAUUUUCAUGUCUAUUUCAACAACAACAUCACAAUUAUCCAUUCAAAAUUUUCUCAAUUGUGUUUCACAUUCCCCUGUAUUUGAAGUCAUUUAUACACCGAACAACGUAACAUUUUCAACAAUCCUCAACAUGAAAAUACAAAACAAGAGAUUCAAAACAGCAUCAACACCGAAACCUCUGGCAAUUAUAACUGCAAAAGAUAAUUCUCAUAUUCAAGCAACAAUUAAAUGUGCCAAAAGCAACAACAUUCAGAUAAGAAUUCGAAGCGGAGGUCACGACUAUGAAGGAUUUUCAUACAUAUCAGAUGUGCCUUUUGUUGUACUUGAUAUGUUUCAUCUCAAUUCAGUUGAUGUCAAUUUACAAGAAGAAACAGCAUGGGUUGAAUCCGGUGCAACACUCGGUAAACUUUAUUAUACCAUUGCAAAGAAAAAUAAUUCUCUUGCUUUCCCAUCCGGAGUCUGUUUUACUAUAGGUGCGGGUGGUCAUUUUUCUGGUGGUGGGUUUGGAAAUUUGAUGAGAAAAUUUGGUCUUUCUGUUGAUAAUAUUAUUGACGCAAAAAUUGUUGAUGUCAAUGGUAAUAUACUUGAUAGAAAAUCAAUGGGAAAAGAUCUUUUUUGGGCUAUAAGAGGUGGUGGUGGUGCUAGUUUUGGUGUUAUUCUUUCAUGGAAACUUAAAUUGGUUCAAGUAACUCCACAAGUUACUGUUUUCAAUGUAAAAAGGAAUGUGAGUGAUGGUGCAACUGAUGUUGUUUACAAAUGGCAAUUAAUUGCACCAAAAUUGCAUAAAGAUCUUUUCAUUAGAGUGCAGCCUAAUGUUGUUCAAAUUGGUCAAGGGGGUAAAAAGGCAGUGCAAGUUAGUUUCAUUGGUCAGUUUUUAGGGACAAUUGAAAGACUUUUACCAUUGGUGAGUGAGAGUUUCCCGGAAUUGGGUUUGAAGAAAAGUGAAUGUUUUUCAAUGCCAUGGGUUAAUUCCACUCUUUUUUGGUAUGGUAAGCCAAUUGGAACUCCUCUCGAAGCAUUGUUGGAUGAACCAAAAGAUCCUGAACUAGUUUAUUCUAAAAGUCAAUCAGAUUAUGUAAAGAAACCUAUUCCAAAAGAAGCUAUAGAAUCUAUGUGGAAAUUGAUGAUUGAAGGUGAGACUUUGUUUUUUCAAUGGAAUCCUUAUGGUGGAAGGAUGGAAGAGAUAUUGUCAUCAGAAACACCGUUUCCGCAUAGAGCAGGGAAUUUGUUCUUGAUUGAGUAUCUUAAUAUUUGGACGGAAGAAUCUCCUGGAGCUAUUGAGCGUCGUGUGAAUUUGUCAAGGUCGUUUCUUGAAUUCAUGAGACCUUAUGUUUCGAAUUCUCCAAGGGAGGCAUUCCUCAAUUAUAGGGAUGCUGAUAUUGGUGCCAAUCGUCCAAGUAAUGUAACAAAAUUUGACAUUGCUAGAACAUAUGGAAGCAAGUAUUUCAAAGGAAAUUUUGAAAGAUUAGUUAGUGUAAAAACUAAGGUUGAUCCUGAGAAUUUUUUCAGAUAUGAACAGAGUAUACCUACUAGACAAUGAAAAAAUCAUGUGUAGUAUGUAGUGUUGAUUUCCACGAAAUAAAUGGCACAAUAUAACGUUUCUUACGAAAUUGUAAUCAUUAUUUUAGUUUCUGUAGUUCAGUUCUAAUUUUUAAAAAUUAGAUGUAUAUUGAAAGGAACAAGUAGAAUUUCGCAAUAAAAAAAAA